AUUUCAUUCACAUCCAGAGCGCACGCUCCCGCAUUGACUCGCGCUCACUGUCAUUUGACGAAGCGCUAUUUGUAUGAUGUUGACUUUUGCCGCCGAGUCGCCGCCGCCACCACCGUUGCGUCGUGUCGUUGACGCCGACAAGCAGUUCACACGAUUUACGGCAUAAAUCAGCAGCGAGUCAUUGGUUUCCAUUCAGUUUGUGCAAAACGAGCGGCGAGCAAUGCAGUGAUAUAACAAAUAAACGCUUGUUGACGCUUGAGCUAGAAAUUUUUCGGCUCUUCCCCUCAACGUCGCCGAGUACGGCAGCUGGUUGGUGGUUGAUAAACAAAGUAAAAAAGAUAAUAAUAAUAGCUAAAUCGAGCGAAAAUCGUGCAGCAGUGCUGAAAAAGGAAAACUGUGUAACGUCACACAAUUGGAAAAUGAAAAUUAUAUAGACACAAGCUGAAGGCUGACGGCUGCAGUUGAGAAACUCUGUAUUGCAAGCUGCGGAACUCCACCAAAGCAGCUUUAAACGGACGCUCUCACGGCUUACGCUGUAAAAUAGCAAAGUCGUGCAAAAAUUUGUUUCACACUUUGGUGAUAACAACGACUGCCUGCUGGAAACUAGUGUAAGAGACACGUAGAAGCGGUAGGAGCUGCAUAGAGUAUACAGGAAAUUGUAUUAUUUAAAUUUCUCGCACCAAAAACAAUUCCAUCCAUCCUGCCGUUGUAUUGAAAGACAGCGCAUACCAACAGGCGCUGGCAGCAACUAUAAAUAGACACAUCCUUUAACUUCAAAGGGAGAGCGCCAUUUGCGCCACACACGCACACAACUCGCACCGCCCACACGCGCUUGCCAUUAGACGCCUACGCGUUCCAGUUUGCGUCGUAGAGCGACGAACCGCUAAAAGGCACAUCGUGCCCGAAAAGCCCUAGCAGUGCAACCUUGCGUCUCGCAGCAGCAGUAUUAACAAAUUUGGUAUAAAAGAAAAAUAAAUUUUUGCACCGACGCCACUAGCUGCCAUCAGCGAGCUAGCUAACUUCACUUAACUACCGCUCAUCACUUGUCAAUUUCACGUCAAGAUGUUCACACGCUGUCGCCAGCAACAGCUCCCACAGCUUUUCCACGCCUUCACAUACGCGGUGCUGCUAUGUGCCGCCUUAACUCAGGCAUUCGUCAUUAAGGAUGACGAGUCCUUCCUGCAAUCGCCCUACUAUCAGUCGCAGGGCGAAAUCGAGGACAUGUUCGCACGUUUCGCCAAGACAUUCCCGGAGAAUGCGCGUGUCGAGACCAUCGGCCGUUCGCUGGAGGGCCGCAAUUUGGUGGUCCUGCAAAUCGGUCGGAAUGUGCAACAACCACGCACACCACUGACGCCCAUGGUCAAGUACAUAGGCAAUAUGCAUGGCGAUGAGACCAUCGGCCGCCAGCUGCUCAUCUAUUUGGCACAAUAUCUGCUGUAUAAUUAUGAGACCAACUUGGAGGUGGCAAAUCUGGUCAACACCACGGAUAUAUAUCUGAUGCCGACCAUGAAUCCAGAUGGCUAUGAGCGUUCGCAGGAAGGUAAUUGUGAAUCACUUCCGAAUUAUGUUGGUCGCACCAACGCUGCCGGCAUCGAUUUGAAUCGCGACUUUCCCGAUCGCCUGGAAAAUCAACAAGUCACCCAAUUGCGUUCGCAUCGACGUCAACCGGAGACGGCGGCCAUCAUUAACUGGGUGCUGAGCAAACCGUUUGUCUUAUCGGCGAAUUUCCAUGGCGGCGCAAUUGUGGCGAGCUAUCCAUACGAUAAUUCAAUCGCCCAUCAUGAAUGCUGCGAGGAGAGUCUCACUCCCGACGAUCGCGUUUUUAAGCUAAUGGCACACACCUACGCCAACAAUCAUCCGGUCAUGCGCGAGGGCCACAACUGCAACGACACCUUCACCGAUGGCAUAACAAAUGGCGCCCACUGGUAUGAGCUGAACGGUGGCAUGCAAGAUUUCAAUUACGCCUUCACCAACUGCUUCGAGCUGACCAUUGAGUUGUCGUGCUGCAAAUUCCCCACUGCCGCCACGCUGCCUGCCGAAUGGGUGCGCAACAAGCGCAGUCUUUUGCAGCUACUGAAGUUGGCGCAUACCGGCGUCAAAGGCCUGGUUACGGACGCUAGCGGUUAUCCAAUCAAUGAUGCAAGCAUUGUGGUCUCUGGGCUGGAGGAUAAACCGAUACGCACCACGAAACGCGGCGAAUACUGGCGUAUGCUCACACCGGGCAUCUACAAUGUGCAGGCUUUGGCAUUUGGCUAUCAGCCCAGUGAGCCGAAACAGGUGCACGUGACCAACGAGAACAACGAGGCGCUGCGUCUCGACUUCACACUCUCGCCGCUCGAGACGAGUUACGAUGGUGAUUUCCGCAAAGUGAAAGUGGAACGAUCCAAAGCGCCAACGAAUGACGAUGAUUUUCUAACGCCAACCAAAUUCGAGCAUCACAACUUUACGGAAAUGGAAAAAUACCUACGCAACAUUGCCGAAUCAUAUCCCAGCAUAACGCGUCUCUAUUCGAUCGGUAAGAGUGUACAGCAACGCGAUCUCUGGGUAAUGGAGAUAUUCGUCUCACCGGGUCAACAUAUAGACGGGGUGCCGGAAUUUAAAUAUGUCGCCAAUAUGCAUGGCAACGAAGUAGUCGGCAAAGAAAUGUUAUUAUUGCUCACCAAGUACAUGUGCGAACGCUAUGGUGUCGAUGGACGCAUCUCGAAGCUGGUAAAUACGACACGUAUGCAUUUCCUCUACAGCAUGAAUCCUGAUGGCUAUGAAGUUUCACACGAGGGUGAUAAAUCAAGCGGCAACGGACGUGGUAAUGCGAAUAAUGUCGAUCUGAAUCGCAAUUUCCCCGAUCAAUACGGCACUGACAAGUAUAAUGCGGUGACCGAACCCGAGGUGGCUGCAGUCAUGAAGUGGACGCUCUCAUUACCGUUUGUCUUGUCGGCGAAUCUACAUGGCGGCUCUUUGGUGGCCAAUUAUCCAUUCGAUGACAAUGAAAAUGAUUUCAACGAUCCAAUAGCACGUCUGCGCAUGGCAACGACAAUGGGACGAAAACUUAAUCCGACGGAGGAUAACGAGCUCUUUAAACACUUGGCUUUGGUGUACUCGGAGGCUCAUCCCACCAUGCAUCUUGGCGACCCCUGUCCCCUCUUCAAACACGAACACUUUCCUAAUGGCAUUGUGAAUGGCGCCCAGUGGUACAGCGUGACGGGCGGCAUGCAAGAUUGGAAUUAUAUACGCGCCGGCGUAUUGGAACUGACACUCGAGUUAGGUUGCGACAAGUUUCCCAUGGCCGAUGAGUUGCCAAAAUAUUGGCACGACAACCGCGAGCCAUUGCUGAAAUUUAUAGAGCAAGUGCACAAUGCAGUGCAUGGCACGGUGCGCAGCUCCAUCGGCUCGGCUAUAACGGGUGCGGCGGUACGAAUGGACGGCGCCAAACAUGCCAGUUUCAGUGGUGUACAUGGAGAUUACUGGAAGUUGGCCUUACCGGGCAGACAUAACAUUACAAUACUGGCUGAUGGUUUCGCGCCAUACCGCGAGGAGAUCGAAAUACCAGAGGAUACACGUGAAAUGCGUCUGGAUGUUAUCUUGAUGCGCGACGAUCCACAACAUUGGUCCUCGGCUAAUGAUUUCCGUGUGAUUGAGAAUGUGGUGAAGACGCGCUAUCACAGCAAUCCGGAAAUACGCCAACGUUUAGCUGAGUUCGAAACACAGAGUGGUCAGAUUGCGACCUUUGGCUAUGCGGAGAGUGAAUUCGGCAUCUACUACAACUCAAUUAAACUAACGGCAGAUAUCGGUGAGCCGGAGGAGACCAAAUACAAAAUUCUCAUACUCAGUUCGUUCUUCGACACCACCUCGCCGCUAGGUCGUGAAAUCACCAUGAAUAUAGCGCGUCACAUACGUGAGGGUUACCAAAUACGCGAUACAAGCACCUUGAACUUACUGCAAAAGAGCGUGCUUUACUUGCUACCGUUAACUGACAACUUCAAUGUCAUCUUCGAUAUGUACAACAGAAAUAACUCCCUGUGCGAUCCGGAAUUGGGUAAUGAGCUAGCCGAUCGUUUGCUUAGUCCCGAAAUGGAGAAAAAACGCGAUUUGCUUUUGCAGUUUUUGGACAGCGAACGCUUCGAUUUGGUGUUAACCUUCACUGCUGGCAGUGCAGACUUGACUUACCCCAAAGGCGAACCGAUUAUCGAGAAGCUCGCACAUUCCAUCAAAGACAGCGAAUUCAGCACUUCACCACACCAGUGCCCGCUCACCAGCACACGUUCGCUGCAUCAAGCCACCACCGAACGCCUUACGAAUCUUCUCUACAAAAUGUACAACAUACCGCUCUUCAGUUUGGGUCUCUCCUGCUGUCGCAUGCCCGUCCAGUCGGAGAUCGCCGGCAUUUGGCGCACAAAUAUCGAUAAAAUCAAGAAUUUCCUGCGUCUCAUCGAAACCGGCGUUGAAGGCCUGGUGCACAACGAAAAGGGUGAGCCGCUGCGUAACGCUUACGUGCGUCUCAUCGAUCACAAGCACGUCUACAAUGUUACAAGCAAUGCAGCGCAUUUCCAAAUAAUACUGCCACCUGGCGAAUAUGCUUUGGAAAUCAGCGCGCCACACUAUGAGUCCGAGGUGAAACGUGUGCUGAUCACACCACAGCAGGUCAACAAUGUGGGCAUGGUGAAAUUGAAUCCAUAUACGCUGCUCACCGGCGUAAGCGAGGUGCAUCGAAUGGGCGGCGACAAUAUGGGCAGCGCCACCUCAAUAACCACACAGUCGGCGACCAUCUCCGGCUUCGUUUUGGACACCACCAAUCAUCCGGUGAAGCAUGCAAAGGUUUCGGUCGUGGCGCCACAUACGCGCAACUAUCUGCGCAAUUUCACUGACAGUUUGGGCGCCUACAGCAUAAGCGGUGUGCCGCUGGGAGAGGUGACACUCCGGGUGGAGGCGCCGCGUCAUGUUAGCACAGAGCGCGCAGUGCACGUGGAAGGUGGCGCUGUGCGUGGAGUCAUUUUCCGCCUAACGGUCGACGAACAUGUGUGGGGCAUGCCGCGUUGGCUGUUCAUUUUGUUCGCCAGCAUCAUCAUUAUUGUGGGCAUGAUCCUCUGCUUUUUGGGUGUGCAAUUCGUGUUGGCGCGACGUCAUCGCGCGGACAAACGCUACUACAGCUUCUCGUUGCUGCCGCAGAAGGGAAAAGAACUGUUCGAGGAUGACGGUGACGAUGGCGAAACAGAGCUGUUCCGCUCACCCAUCAAAAAGAGCAUGUCCAUAAAGCCUUAUUAUGAUGUCGAAGGACUCGAAAUGGUGCACAGCGAUGAGGAUGACGACGAUUUCCGCAACGAAUUCAAUGAGGAUAGUGGUGAAGAGGUUGUCAUGUUGGAUAAACGAAAAUAAACUGUGAUUAAUCAAGGAAAUAACAAAAAUACACAACAACAACAACACGCUGAUAGUAAUUAGUAAUAUAAAGAGCAAAGACAACAGCAAACCAGAAAACAGCGGCAGCAUAAUUUAAGACAAAGUACGUACUAACUCAGUUUUACAUGCUAAAUUAGAACAUACAUUUUAUAUAAUAUAUAAACAUUUUUAAAG